AUGCAAUGGUCGACGGUGUGUGAGGGGGUGGUGGUGGGUACGAGCCCUGCCACUGCUGCUGACGUGGAUGUGAUCAAGCGGAAUAUUGGCGCUGAUGCCAUGCUGUGCCUUGAGGUGCGCGCGCGGGAAUGGGAGGGAGGGGACGGGUGCAUGGGUGGUGAUGGGAGCGUGGGUGAACGUAGAACCGUUCGCUCACGAACGGACGACUGCAGGGACGCUCUGGGGCUGGCGUGGAGCGAGGUGAAGGACAUGGCGCAACGGGCGGGCAUCGUCGCGCUCAGAGUGCCCAUGCGCCCCAUGGACUCCGCCAACCAGGUGCGCCAGGGGCUCCGCCGACCAGGUGCGCCAGGGGCUCCGCCGACCAGGUGCGCCAGGGGCUCCGCUGACCAGGUGCGCCAGGGGCUCCCCCUGCCCUUCUCCCCCUGCCCUUCUCCCCCUGCCCUUCUUCCCCUGACCUUCUCCCCCUGCCCCUCUCCCCCUGCCCUUCCCCCUCUGCCCUUCUCCCCCUACCCUUCUCCCCCUACCCUUCACCCCCUGCCCUUCUCCCCCUGCCCCUCUCCCUUGCCCCUCUCCGCGUACCUGUCCCCGCCUGCCCGCCCUGCCUCCCCACAGGGCGCGCUUCUCCCCGAAGCUAUCCGCGUGCUGUCAGCGCUGCUGCACGCGGGGCAGAACCCUCCGCAGCCGCAGGCGCAGCAGCAGGCGCAGAGAGAGGAGGGCGGCGGUGGCGAGGGGAGUGCAGGAGGAUACAGGUCUGAGACUGAGAGGGAGGGAGGAGGAGAAGGUUCGCAAGUGUGGGACGAGGCGGCUGGAUGGGCGAGCAGUGAAGGAGGAUGGGUGGCGCCAGGGGCAUCAGCAGGAGCAUCGCCAACAGCAGCAGCAGCAGCAGCAGCAGCAGCAGCAGCAGCGGUGUCAUCGCCCCAGCGCACUGUGUUUGUGUGCUGCACGUCGGGAUGCCACCGCAGCCCUCUGGUGGCCCUCGGCUUCCUCACAUUCGUGCGGGGUAUGGAGUACCGUGAUGCCAAGACGCUGCUCAUCCACGCCUGCCCAGAGGCCGUGCCCUCCUUCCAAGCAUGGGACGACGCGAGCAGCAAGCUAGCAGCGGUGGACAUGAAGGGGCUGACCAUGCGAGCGGAGGACAUCAAGGCCCGCCGCGUGCAGCAGGGCCUCCCGGGCGAGUCCGUCGACGACUGGCUGGCGGCACAACGGUCGCUAGUGGCGGAUCACUUUCAGCAGCAGCUGCACAACGACCUCGUUAUUGCCAACUCCCUCUACAAGGACGUGAUCGCCCCUGAGGACCCGCCAGCAGCGGCAGAGAGCCGAGCGCAGGGAGUUGGAACCUCAGCCGCGGCAGCCUUGGAGGUUGAAGCUGCAGGCGCAGGGGCAGGCGCAGGCGCGGCAGCAGCUGUGGCAGCAGGGGUGGGUGCGGCAGCUGUGGCGGCAGCUGCUAUGAUCGGUGAGCCUGCUGUGGCUGAGCCUGGGACAUCAGGCGGGGACGUGUUGGGAGAACUGGAUGGGUCUGCUGCUGCUGCUGGUGCUGAUUCUGAUGGGACGUUGGGCGGUGGGAUUUUUGCGGAGGAUGUGGGCCUGGAAGGGGACUGGAGUGAGGUAGAGGGAGAGGGAGAGGGAGAGGGACAGGUUGUGGAGGGUGGAGAGGAGGUGGAGGAGGAGCGAGAGGGAGGGGAAGAGGAGGAGUGGCAUGCAACGGCGGAGUGGCUGGGAUCGACGGGCGAGUGGGAGGAUUCGGAAGAGUCGGAGGCUGAGGGCGGUGUGGGAGGAGGAGUUGUGGGUGAGAGAGAGCGUUUGGAAGCACAGAGGGAGCUGGAUGAUGGUGAUUUGAUGGCGGCUGCGGUUGGUGCUGAGGCUGGUGCUGCUGCUGCUGCGGCGGCGGCGGCUGUGGGUGCGGUUGGAGAGCUGGGAGGAGGAGUUGAAAGUGGGGAGUGGUUGGGGAAGAGGGGUGAUGCAGGGGUUGAGAGCGGUAGUGACGGCGAAUGGGGUGCUACUGGUGGUGGUGUUUUUGUUGGGGCAGCAUGGGGGGAUGAGUACGAGCAGCAGUACCAGGAGUGGCGUAAGGAGGAGGAGGCGCGGGAGAGUGAGAAUGAGAAUGCAAGGUGGGAUGCAAACGAGGAAGAGAUAGGGGAAUGGGAAGAGGGUGGGGAGAACAGGGAGGGGGUGUUUGGGGAAGGUGGUGAUGAUGAUGUGGAAGCGAGGGUUGGAGAGAGGCUGCUGGAGAUAGUGGGUGGGGUGGGGGAGGGUGUGGGAGAGGGUGUGGGGGAGGGUGUGGGAGAGGGUGUGGGGGAGGGUGUGGGGGAGGGUGUGGGGGAGGGUGUGGGGGAGGGUGUGGGGGAGGGUGUGGGGGAGGGUGUGGGGUUGGUGGGAGGAGGUACCGGAGACUUGGCUGAUCCGGAAGCUGUAGUACCUGAAAUUGGGGCAGGGACCGCUGAUGCUGCUGCUGCUGCUGCUGCUGCUGCCGCCGCUGCUGCUGCUGCAGUCGAUUAUGCUGCUGCUGAUGAUGCUGAUGAUGAUGUGGUUGUUGAUGAUGCUGACGGGCUUUAUUGUGAUGUAAUGCUUCCUGUUGUGGGAGGUGUGGCGAUAGGGGAGAGCGAGGAGGAGGAGGGAGUGUUUGUCACUGCUGAACAAGAGAGGGGCCUGAACGAGGAAGAAGAAGGGGAAUGGAACGAGAGGGAGGAGGGGGAAAAGGAGGAGGAGGACGAAAUGGAGGUGGGGGUGGAGGAGGGAGUGGAGGAGGAGGAGUGGCAGGGGAGUGGGGAGGUGGAGAACGGCGAGGUGCUUGGUUUGAGGGAGGCGCUGGCAGCCAUGCAGGAGGAGCUACGACAGGCCGUGGGCUUGCAGGCUCAGGUGGGCUUGCAAGGGUGCAUGGGGGACAUGGCCCGAGCUGGUCUUGCUGCAGGAGCAGCAGCCGCGGCGACUGCAGCAGUUGCAGCUGCAACUGGCGGAGCGCUGGGAACAGCUGAGCAGCAGAAGCAGCAGCAGCAGCAGCAGCAGCAGCAGCAGAAGCAGCAGGCACCGAUCUCGGAGCAGCAGCAAGAGUCAGAGGAGCAGGAUGAUGAGAGCCGGGAGGGCAAGGAGAAGGAGCGUGAGGAAGCUCUUCUUCUCGCCCGCAGCAGAGCCGACUUCCUCCUCCGCCGCCUCGACAUUGUGACUCAGCGCGAGGCCUCUGCUCGUGACAGCCUGGCCGCCGCCCGCCGCCAGCUGGAAGCCACGUCUGAGCUGGCAGGGUCUCUGCGGGCGGCGCAGGCGGAAGCGGCGGCGGCCAGGGAGGAAGCGGCAGCAGCGAAGGCGGAAGCGGCGGAGGCGGUUAGAAGGGAGCAGCAGCUGCAGGCGCUGGUGCAGGCUGGUGAAGCGGAUGUGGCAGCAGCACGCGCGCGAGCAGCGGCAGCAGAGGCAGAGGUGAGGGCGAGGGUGGCGGAGCAGGUGCAGAUGGAGAGGAUGAUUCGUGCUGCAGAGGAGACGGCAGCGGCAGCAGAGGGGAGGCUGCGAGCGGGACUGGAGGCUGGAGAGGCGAGGGUGAAGGCGGCUCAGGUUACUGCUGCGGGGGCGAGGAGGAGGGAGGAGCAGGCGAGGGUGGCAGUGGAGGUGGCAGAGAGGAGGGCGGCGGCUCUUGAGAGGGAGUUGCUUAUGACGAAGACACGGCUGCAGGGUAUGGAGGGUGCGGAGGGUGGCGAGGUUGGUGAAUCGGGAGCAGGUGCAGCGGCAGUGGCAGAGGGGGCAGCAGCCGUGGCGGAAAAGGCUUUGGUGGAUGAGGGUUCUGCAGUUCAGGCGGGGUCUGAGAUUAGCAGCAGCAGCAGUGGCAGCGGCAGCAGCAGCAGCAGUAGUAAGGUGAAUGGUGAAAAGACGUUCUUUUCUGCGGACGUGCGGGUAGCGCUGGAGGCAGCAGAGCAGCGGGUGCAGGCAGCAGAGGAGCGCGCUCAGUUUGCAGUGCGGCAGCUGGAGGUGAUGCGUGCACAGAGGGAGGAGGGGCAGAGGCGUGCUGAGGCGGCAGAGAGGAGGGCGAAGGAGCUCGCUGUGAGGGUGGCGGAGGUGGAACAGAAGGUGGCGGAGGCUAACUCGCAGGCGCGGCUGUUUAAUAUGUGUGUGGAGGCCAUGGCUAGGGAGGAUGGGGAGAGCGAUGGAGGAGAGAAGUGA